GAGGGAGGACGCGCGGGGCGUGGGGCGGCAGCACAGCUCGCGGGGCUCCAGCGAGAAGCGCGCGGCGGCGGGAUGCGCGCCCUGGGCGGGGGCGGCGCGCGGCGCUAGGCGCCCGGCGGGGCGUCCCCAGCCUGCGACCCCGCGGGACCCUCCCCCGGGCCCGCCGCCUCGGCAGCACGCAGGCGGGAGCAUGACUCCAGGCCCGAGCCCCUGUGCCGCGGGCGCCGCGUAGGAGCGGCCAUCGCGUGCCCUGGGACGACCCGCGGCUUUGCCGGCUCCCCCGCAGCUCCAGCCGCCGCCUGCAGCGGGGCCCUGCCGAGGCCCGGCCAGAAGGGACCAUGAAAGUGAGAUCGGCGGGUGGCGACGGAGAUGCGUUGUGUGUCACCGAAGAGGAACUGGCAGGUGAAGACGAGGACAUGCCAUCCUUCCCCUGCACCCAGGAGGGCCAGCCCCGGCUCCGCUGCAGCCGCUGCCAGAAGAACCUGUCCCUGCACACAUCGGUGCGGAUCCUUUACCUCUUCCUGGCCCUGCUCCUUGUGGCCGUGGCUGUGCUGGCCUCUCUGGUUUUCAGGAAAGUGGACUCUCUCUCAGAAGACAUCUCCUUGGCACAGUCCAUGUAUGACAAGAAGCUUGUGUCCAUGCAGGAAGAUCUCCAGGGGCUGGAUCCAAAAGCCCUGAACAACUGCUCCUUCUGCCAUGAGGCUGGGCAGCUGGGGAAAGAGAUCCGGAAACUGCAGGAGGAGCUAGAGGGCCUUCAGAAGAUGCUCCUGGCCCAGGAGGUGCAGCUGGACCAGACCUCCCAGGCCCAGGAACUGCUGUCCACCACCAGCAGUCAGAUCUCCCAGGAGAUGGGCAGCUGUUCCUUCUCCAUCCACCAGGUCAACCAGUCCCUGGGGCUCUUCCUGGCGCAGCUGAGAGGCUGGCAGGCCACCACAGCUGGCCUGGACCUCUCUCUGAAGGACCUCGCCCAGGACUGCUAUGACGUCAAGGCUGUAGUGCACCAGAUCAACUUCACCGUGGGGCAGACUUCCGAGUGGAUCCACGGCAUACAGCGGAAGACAGACGAGGAGACCCUGACCCUCCAGAAGAUGGUCACAGACUGGCAGAACUACACCCGGCUUUUUAGCAGCCUACGCGCCACCUCCGCCAAGACCGGAGAAGUGGUCAAGAACAUCCAAGCCACGCUGGGGGCCUCCUCUCAGCGCAUCAGCCAGAAUGCCGAGAGCAUGCACGACCUGGUUCUUCAGGUCAUGGGCUUGCAACUGCAGCUGGAUAACAUCUCGUCCUUCCUGGAUGACCACGAGGAGAACAUGCAUGACCUCCAGUACCACACCCGCUAUGCCCAGAACCGCACGGUAGAGAGGUUCGAGUCCCUGGAAGGACGCAUGGCGUCUCAUGAGAUAGAAAUCGGCACCAUCUUCACCAACAUCAAUGCCACUGACAACCACGUGCACAGUAUGCUCAAGUACCUGGAUGACGUGCGGCUCUCCUGCACGCUGGGCUUCCACACCCACGCCGAGGAGCUCUACUACCUGAACAAGUCCGUCUCCCUCAUGCUGGGCACCACUGACCUGCUCCGGGAGCGCUUCAGCCUGCUCAGCGCCCGGCUGGACUUCAACGUCCGCAACCUCUCCAUGAUCGUGGAGGAGAUGAAGGCCGUGGACACGAGGCACGGGGAAAUCCUGCACAACGUCACCAUUGUACGAGGUGCCCCCGGCCCUCCAGGACCAAGAGGACUCAAAGGAGACGUGGGUGUGAAAGGGCCUGCUGGCAGCAGAGGACCCAAAGGAGACACUGGUGGCUUGGGCCCCCCUGGGCCCCAGGGGCCUCAGGGGCAGCCUGGGGAGGCAGGACCCGUGGGAGAAAGGGGACCAGUUGGUCCUCGAGGUUUUCCAGGCCUCAAAGGCUCAAAAGGCAGCUUUGGGACUGGAGGGCCAAGGGGACAGCCAGGCCCCAAAGGGGAUGUGGGGCCCCCAGGGCCAGAGGGACCCCCAGGGUCUCCGGGGCCCUCAGGGCCUCAAGGAAAGCCAGGGAUCGCAGGGAAGACAGGGUCACCAGGCCAGCGGGGGGCCACGGGACCCAAGGGUGAGCCGGGGAUCCAGGGUCCCCCUGGCCUUCCUGGGCCCCCAGGCCCACCAGGAAGCCAGAGCCCCUACUGAGGAGGUCUGCAGCCCAGACAUUGCCACAUCAAAGGGGAACAGCUCAGGGCAAUGCGAGCUCCCCAGAAAGCCUCACCCCUCACCUACAGACAGCUGGAGGGGUCCCCCAGGGCUGAUCCUGCAGCGUUGGGCUCAUGCAUAGUGAUGCUACCAUAGGAAAGUGCCCCCUACACAUGCACACACACGCACACACACACACGCACAUUUCCCUGCUGGCCAGGGGGCCAACUGGGUUUCCCUGGCUGGGCAGGAGGAGAGGGCCGACAACCCCCUGUCCUGUGACUGAGCCUGCCAGGGAGGUGGCUACCUCGGGAAUCUGUCUCUGAAUGGUGCCAGCAUCGCCACACCCAUCCCGACCUGGGGCUCCCCAAGGUUGAGAAAACCUUGCAGGGUGGAACCUGAGAGUUAUAAUUCCAAGGUCAAGGUGAGCUUGGCGUCUGCAAGACCCUCCCCACAGUCGUGGGAACAGAGCCCUCAGGGAGCUGCCCCACUCACACAGGCAGUGGGACUCUGCCGGAUCUGGUGUUUUCAUCCCGCCCACAGGGCCCUGGACACAGCCAACAUUUUCUUUUUCACGUGUCCAGAAAAUGUCUCGCUUCCUCCUUGCUUCUGCAUCUCAGGAGUGGCCCAAGAAGAAUCCAUGCAGGAGUGUCAUCAACCCAGGGAGACUCUCAGGUUCUGGAACAUUCUGCCACAGUGAUGCCCGGCACCAGGGAAGGCUGCAGAAGCAGGAAGCAGAGGGGAGCCUGGAGGUUCUCCCUGCAAAGGCCUCCCUUGCCGCCUCCCCAGCAGGAGACCACCAGGCUACAGAAGGGCAGGCCCAGGGACCAGGGCAGCUCUCCUGUUGCCCACAGCCGCCUACGGACCUCACCACACGGCGCCUUCUCUG